CGAAUUCCUCAAGGACACCGAUCGACAAGAGCCUCGUCGUUCACGAAAUUACCCUCCUCCGCCGCUCAGCUCCGACCGUGGCCUACAUCCUGAAGCGGGAGCUGAUUCCUGCCUCGAUCGUGCUCAGAAACGAGAUGGACCGCCUUCGCUUCGUGGGCGCACCCAAGAAUCUGCCAAAGCCACAGCGUGAGUCGACCCUUGACGAGGCGUUCAAGAAGAUUAAUAUCGAUCCUGAGUCGACCGAGCAAUUCGUUCCCGAGUACAUCUAUGGUAAAAUCGAGUUUAUCUCGCAGAACUAUGCCAAGGCUGCAGACUUUUUCCGGCGCGCUGCCUACAAGGGCCACGCCCUUUCUCAGAACUCGCUUGGUCUCUGCCAUGAGAUGGGCGGAGACUUUGAGGGCGCUGUUCGCUGGUUCCAAGAGUCGGCCGAUCUCGGGUGCGCCGACGGCGAAAACAACCUCGGACGCUGCUAUCUGCAGGGCAUCGGUCUUGAGAAGGAUUUCAAGAAGGCCUUCGAGCUGUUCCUGCACGCGGGCGAGCAAGAUGAUAUGGAGGCCCUCAACAACCUGGGUCUGUGCUACCAAUACGGCACCGGUGUCCAAGAAGACAUCGAGAAGGCUGUCGACUACUACGAGCGUGCCGCCGAGAAGGGCCAUCCCGGCGCUCAAAACAACCUUGGUCUUUGCUUCGAACACGGUUACGGCGUCGACCAGGACCCCGUCAUGGCUGUUGCCCUGUACCAGAAGGCGGCUCGGCAGAACGACUUUGAUGCGCAAAAGAACCUCGCCUCCUGCUACCACCGCGGCGUCGGCGUCACCAUGAACCCGGCAGAAGCCAUCCGUCUCUACAAGGGCCUCGUCGAUGGCGGCAAGGCCGACACCACCGUCUUUUUCGAGCUCGGCACGCUGUACUAUUCACAGAUGGAGUACGACGACUCGGUCCGUGCUUUCCGCCAGGCCGCCCACCAGGGCCAUCCUGGAGCCCAGAAGGCCCUCGGCGAUUGCUAUCACUAUGGCCACGGCCUCCGACCGGAUGUCACCGCCGCGGUGCGAUGGUACCAGCGCGCUGCCGACCAGGGUCAUGCCGACGCCCAGAACUCGCUGGCCUACUGCUACUUUGAGGGCCGCGGCGUGUCCCAAAACUACGAAAUGGCUGUGCACUGGUACCAGGCUGCUGCCGAUCAAGGCCACAGUGCCGCCAUCAAGUCGCUGGGCUCAGCCAUGAAGAGCCUCGGCGACGAGUUCUUUGACGGCACCGACACACUCUGUCGUGACGAAAAGGAGGCCGCAAAGUGGUACAUUCGUGCCUCCGAGCUGGGCUCAGCCGCCGCCCAGAACAAGCUCGGAUACUGCUACGAGAUGGGCAUCGGUGUCGGCGGCGAGGAUCACCAGAAGGCCAUCAAGUGGUACGAGAAAGCCGCGGAGCAAGGUCUGGCCCAUGGCCAGUACAACCUCGGCGUCUGCUACGAGAAGGGCCGUGGCGUCGGCAUCGAUCCCUACAUUGCCCUGGCCUGGUACCAGAAGGCUGCCGUCCAGAGCCACAAGCAGGCCCAAUCCGCCGUUGAGCGGCUGACAUCGAAGCGACGACAGAGCACCAUUUGGGGAUGAAAGGGUGGUCGUGACGGCCCUUCCCAUGGCUACGCCAACUGUACAUUCACAACUUCAACAGUAGUAUAUCUCUGAUCUUGGCUAUUCCUCUCUCUCCCAUGCGCUCUUUUGUUUGUCAUAUCAUCUGCAGCGUUUCCACGGCUGCCUCCUUGGCGAUCCUCCUCCCAGCGCCUCUGGCUUGAUAUUUUUUUUCUUUCCUUUCCUUUCUUCGUAUCUCCUUUCCCAUUGUACUCUUUUUGAUGUCGACCA